CCGUCUCCCUGGGCGCUGCGGUGGCGCGGGGCCUGCGGCGCGGCGUCGUGACGUCACGGUGGCGGCGGCCGUGGUUGGCGCACGGUCCGCGGCUGCAAAGUGUGAAUUACGCCGGGCUCGCGCCGGCGGCGGAGUGAAGUCAGGCUCCGGGGGAGGGGAGGGGCUGGACGGUGGUGGCGGCCCGAGCUGGUGGCUGGUCCCAAGCCCCGCGCGCCUUGGGUCUCGCCGCUGGCUCCGGCAGUCUUUUCUUGCACCGCUUUCUUCUGUCCUUGCUCCGCUCCUGCUCUGCCUUCCCCGGACCCGCUCCUCCCGGCCGAGGAGCCCCUGGGCGGCAGGGUUCCCCUCCGACUUUGCCUGUGCUGACCCCGCUUGCACCCCGGAGCCGGGCGCGCGCCGGUCCUCGUAACUGUCGCCGCGGCCGCCGCAGCGUCUUCCCGCCGGCGGCCCGGGCGGAGUGUUGGGGUGGGGAAGGCGUGAGUGCGGCUUCCCGGCCCGGGGUCGGCGGUCGCCGGCCCUGCCCCCGCCUCGGCCCGGCGCCCCCGAGCCGCGGCCCCUUCCCAGCGCAGGGGCCGGCAGCCGCGGCUGGGCGGGCGCCGCGCGGGGGCAGGGAGGGCGUAUUCAAUGGAAGUAUGUUACCAGCUGCCGGUGCUGCCCCUGGACAGGCCGGUCCCCCAGCACGUCCUCAGCCGCCGAGGAGCCAUCAGCUUCAGCUCCAGCUCCGCGCUCUUCGGCUGCCCCAAUCCCCGGCAACUCUCACAGAGGCGUGGAGCUAUUUCCUAUGACAGUUCUGACCAGACUGCGUUGUACAUUCGUAUGCUAGGAGAUGUACGUGUAAGGAGUCGAGCAGGAUUUGAAUCAGAAAGAAGAGGUUCUCAUCCAUAUAUUGAUUUUCGUAUUUUUCAUGCUCAAUCUGAAAUCGAAGUUUCUGUGUCUGCAAGGAAUAUCAGAAGGUUACUAAGUUUCCAACGGUAUCUUAGAUCUUCACGCUUUUUUCGUGGUACUACUGUUUCAAAUUCUCUCAACAUUUUAGAUGAUGAUUAUAAUGGACAAGCCAAGUGUAUGCUGGAAAAAGUUGGAAAUUGGAAUUUUGAUAUCUUUCUAUUUGAUAGACUAACAAAUGGAAAUAGUCUAGUAAGUUUAACCUUUCAUUUAUUUAGUCUUCAUGGAUUAAUUGAGUACUUCCAUUUAGAUAUGAUGAAACUUCGUAGAUUUUUAGUUAUGAUUCAAGAGGAUUACCACAGUCAGAACCCUUACCACAAUGCAGUCCACGCUGCAGAUGUUACUCAGGCCAUGCACUGUUACUUAAAAGAACCUAAGCUUGCCAGUUCUGUAACCCCUUGGGAUGUCUUGCUGAGCUUAAUUGCGGCUGCCACUCACGAUCUGGAUCAUCCGGGUGUUAAUCAACCUUUCCUUAUUAAAACUAACCAUUACUUGGCCACUCUGUACAAGAAUACCUCAGUACUGGAAAAUCACCACUGGAGAUCUGCAGUGGGAUUAUUGAGAGAAUCUGGUUUAUUCUCACAUAUGCCAUCAGAAAGCAGGCAACAAAUGGAGACUCAGAUAGGUGCUUUGAUACUAGCCACAGACAUCAGUCGCCAAAAUGAGUAUCUGUCAUUGUUUAGGUCCCAUUUGGACAGAGGUGACUUACAACUAGAAGAUACCAGGCAUAGGCAUUUGGUUUUACAGAUGGCUUUGAAAUGUGCUGAUAUUUGUAACCCAUGUCGGACCUGGGAAUUAAGCAAGCAGUGGAGUGAGAAAGUAACAGAGGAAUUCUUCCAUCAAGGAGAUAUAGAAAAGAAGUAUCACUUGGGUGUGAGUCCACUUUGUGAUCGUCAGACUGAAUCUGUUGCCAACAUCCAGAUCGGUUUCAUGACUUAUCUAGUGGAGCCUCUCUUCACAGAAUGGGCCCGGUUUUCCAAUACCAGGCUCUCGCAGACGAUGCUCGGACAUAUGGGGCUGAACAAAGCCAGCUGGAAGGGGCUGCAGAGAGAACAGUCCACCAGUGAGGACACGGACACUGCGUUCGAGGAGUUGAACUCACAGUUAUUACCUCAGGAAAAUCGGUUAUCAUAGCCCCCAGAAGCAGUGGGACAGACUGCCUCCUGCAGGUUUUCAGAAAUGUGAAAUGGGGUCUCGAGGUGAGAGGACGUUCUCUUGGCUGCCAAGGUUUCCGAAGGAACGAGGCCAGCGUUAUUCCCAAGGUGUCGUCUCUCGGAUCAUGUGACCCCACUUUUUAAUUAUAAGACCUGAACACAUAGCAAUAUGCAUUUGGCUUUCGUGUGAAACCUUGAAUAUGCAAAGCCCAGCAGGAGCCCGUUGGAAAGGAGUAACAGAGGAAGUUUUCCGGUGUGCCAUGAGUCUUUCAAAGCAUUUAUUCCUCGAACCACGAAACUUGAACUCUAUCUUUCAGCAGAAAUCUCUUGGAAUUUAACCAGUCUGAUGCAACUUUGUGUACCUGUACCUUCCACUAAGUUCUGAGAAAAUGGAAAUGUGAAGUGCCCAGCCUCUGCUGCCUCCUGCGAGACUCGAUGUUUACAAAUCAACUCUGAAAUAUUGGUUCUAAAUUGCCUUGGAGCAUGAUUGUGAAGGAACCACUAAGAAUUUUAAAGAUCAAACUGAAACUGCAGCUCUUUCCCCCUGGUUUGCCUUUUUUCUUCUUUGGAUGCCACCAAAGCCUCCCAUUUGCUAUAGUUUUAUUUUGCGCACUGGAAACUGAGCAUUUAUCAUAGAGUACCGCCAAGCUUUCCCUCCAGUGCUGUUUGGCAAUGCAAUUUUUUUUAACUAUUAGUUUUUCAUUUGGGGCGGGAGGGGAAGAACACCAAUGUCCUAGCUGUAUUAUGAUUCUGCAGUGAAGACAUUGCAUGUUGUUUUCACUACUGUACACUUGACCUGCACAUGCAAGAAAAAGGUGGAAUGUUUAAAACACCAUAAUCAGCUCAGGGUAUUUGCCAAUCUGAAAUAAAGUGGGAUGGGGAAGUAUGUCCUUCAGAGCAAGGGUACUAAAGUCCCUUUCGCUGCAGUGAGUGAGAGGUAUGUUGUGUGUGAAUGUGUGGAUGUAUGUUUGCGUGCAUGUCUGUGCAUGUGUGACUGUGCAUGUGUUAUAUUUAUCCACGUGGGAAAUUAUUUAUUAUUUUAGAAUGUGACACAAUGCGCAGCCACACCGGGGGAGGGGAAGGUAGGUGAGCUGUACCAGACUGCUCCAGUUGCCUUAAACUAUGCACAAAGCUAAGUGACCAAACUUCUUGUUUUGAUUUGAAAAAAGUGCAUUGUUUUCUUGUCCCUCCCUUUGAUGAAACGUUACCCUUUGAUGGGCCUUUUGAUGUGAACAGAUGUUUUCUAGGACAAAAUCUAAGGACUAAUUUUAAACUUCAAACAUUCCACUUUUGUAAUUUGUUUUAAAUUGUUUUAUGUAUAGUAAGCACAACUGUAAUCUAGUUUUAAGAGAAACCGGUGCUUUCUUUUAGUUCAACUGUAUUUCCCUUGUUACUGUAAAAGACUGUUUAUCGAUUAUGUUUACAGUUUGUUGCAACAGCCAUUUUCUUGGGAGAAAGCUUGAGUGUAAAGCCAUUUGUAAAAGGCUUUGCCAUACUCAUUUUAAUAUGUGCCUGUUGCUGUUAACUUUUGAUGAAUAAAAACCUAUCUUUUCACAUA